UUUUAUAUUUUAUUUAAUUUUACAAUGGCUAGUGGUGAUACACCAAUACACAAGCAGAACAUGACGUUCGCUCGCUCGAAUAUCCCUAUUAUUGGGGCAUUUGUUGACUAUGUAAACACAAGUAUCGAAUAUAUUCGUACCAAAAGUUUCUCGCGAGCCGAAAGACUGCAGGCGAGUGCCUCGCCCCACGCUUUGUCUGCUACCUUUAUCGCGUUCGUCUGCCUGUCAUUGGGAAUGGUUAGUAAUGUAAAGUUUGAAGUGGUUACUUACGAUGAAGAACCAUUACCAAAUGACCUGCACUUCGUUUUAAUGAGCAAAGUGGACAAACUGUAUGUCGAUGAUAUAGAUGUGUCACGGGUUUUGUGCUGUAUCGAAGCAUCAGACACAGUUGUUAUAUUAUUUAGCACACUGCUGAUAUGGAACACUGGAAACGUGCGUUCGCCUCUUAGUGAAUAUUUUUUCCUGCCCUGGCUUGGAGCGACAAUGCGUGGUCUAUGCCUAAGACAGGCUCCCACCGCCGUAGCCCUACUUUACACGAUGUCCGUUGCUAAUGGAAAUAUUAACCCGUUGUUUCUAACUGCUUUUUCGUUUUUAUUCUUGCUUGAAGCUCGGCUUUGGCUGGAAAUAGCGAGGCUUGUCUGCCUUCGUUGGCAACGCCGUGACCAUGUUGAUCUCACUCGACCACCGCAAAAUGAAGUGGAAACUCUUUGGAGCAACGAUGACGUACAAAGCCUUGAAGUUGGUAAUUUUGUCUAUUAAUUGCUUUGAUAUGAACAUGUGUUUUUAUUUUA